AUGGAUCAUAUGGAUCAGACAUCCGAUCACAUGGAUCGAAUCAAACCCGGUGCCGGUAUUACGUUGCCGAAUCUGACAGCUUGCCGCAAGCCUGAGAUCAAGAGCUUGAACGCAAGCAGCUCUGCUUUGUCGCCAACAAUAACGAUGGGUUCCGGAAUUGUUUCGGGGCUGAGAUAUGCCCAAUCAGGCCGUGCGUUGCUGCAGCUGUCAGGCAACGCUUUUUGCUGCACUUCGGGUCACACUUUCAGUUCACUCUUUCGGGUCGCGCAUGAGGGUGGUUACCAAAUGGGCGGCGACAACGGUGGCAAGAAACUGACUUGUGAUGAUGGCGUCGUGGAGGACAUUCUCCUCGGCUGCUUUGCUGAGUGA